AUGGGCCUGGAGGGCGGGGCACAGCCCGAGUCCACCCUCCGCAAUGGAGGCUCCUCGAUGGCCCGGCCGCCUGCUGCCUGGUGGCCCCUGCGUGGCAGCCAAACCCUGUCCUCGAACACGCUCCUGCUGGCACGGGGCCGCCCGCCGCCCCUCUGCUGGGUUUCAGCACUGUAUGCGGCGGCCGCUGUGGCCAGCAGCUCGGGUCACCACACCAUCUGUGACCCACAGCCAGACGCGGCCGGGGUGUCCCCUGAGCUGCAGCCCAGAGUCCAGCGGCGCGUCCGGCCCGCGGAGCGGCCAGGGCAGGUGCAGAGCUCCCCACUGCUGCCUGAGGGGAGAGGCAGCCCGUGGUACCCCCAGCCUAUCAUCCCCCCAGCCCGUGGUACCCCCAGCCCGUCGUCCCCCAGCCCUGCUGCCCUGACCCCCCAGCCUGUGGUCCCCCAGCCAGUGGCCCCCCAGCCCAUCAUGCCCCAGCCCAUCGUCCCCCCACCCGUGGUCCUCACCUCGGCCUUCUCCCCGCUGGGCCUCCACGGCAGCUCUGGACUCUCAGAACCCCUUCCCUUGCGGCCAGCCCAGGGUGCCUCCUCCCUGGCCUGGGUUCAGCAAACGUGCGCUGGGACCGAGCGGCCACUUGCUGGCAGAGCCAGGAGGGUCCGGGGUCCUGCAGGCCUCCUCGCGGCGGCCCUCACAGGGGCUCGUUGUUUCCUGGCAGGCCUUUCAGCAGCUGCCCCUGCCCUCGUGGAGACAGGGCUUCCCAGCCACGCGGUGGCACCCAGCUCAGAGCCAGGCCUCUGGGGUCAGGCGGCCCUACAGAACCGGCUCUUCUAG